AUUUCCUUCUUUUUAGGUUGUCAUUUGUGGCAGUUUGUUCUGUUGUCAGUUGAGUGCGUGUAUCACGAGGUCGAGAAAUCCAGUUAAUACUAUUUUUCGGAAUGGUUGCAGAAGGUAAAACAGAUCAAAUUGAAAACCCAAUUGAUUGACUAGACGGAGGACGGCUUUCCCAAGAACUGUCGACGAAAUAUAUCAAGAUUCCGCGUAAAAGUUGUUGCCAACCCAGGGGGUGGCUGCCGAAGGGUUGUGCUGUGACAAGAGUAACUCCUGCCACAAAAGUCGCCUGUUUUCCAGCAAACUACAAAUUAUUCCUGAACGGGGAGCCCCCUUGGCAUUGCUAGUGCUAGCCUAGGGUAACCCUCUCCGUACUUAAAAACAACACAGCACUGCACUACGCUGAGCAAAGGCUGCCUCUUUGCUUAUUACAACACAAUUCAGUUCUAUUUAACAAAUUUAUCACAAAUUAAUCAUGAAGAUAAUCAAUUUGACCACCAACAGUCGUGUUCGUGUAAUCAAUAACCGAACAGACGUGUGGAAUGUCCUACGUACGGUUGUCGAUUCCGAAACACAGGAGGAUGCGUUUUAUAUCUGCGAUAUUGGAGAAGUUGUUAGGAAACAUAAAAUUUGGAAAAUAUUAAUGCCACGAGUUGUACCGCAUUACGCUGUAAAAUGUAACGAUAAUAGGGCAAUCCUAGAAGUCCUUGCAGCUUUAGGAACUGGCUUUGAUUGUGCUUCAAAAGCCGAAAUUAAUAAAGUGCUUUCCUUAGGGGUAGAUUCUGACCGCAUAAUUUUUGCCAACCCCGCAAAACCUGCUAGCCAUAUACGUCAUGCUGCUCUGACUGGCGUAAAUACCAUGACCUUCGAUAAUGAAACCGAGCUACACAAAAUCAAAAAUUUCUUUCCAGAAGCCAAAUUAGUAGUUCGUAUUAGAUGUGACGCAAAAGUAGCACAGUGUCAACUGGGAAUGAAGUUUGGCUGUGACGCUACAACAGAAGCUCCGUAUCUGUUAUCUGUUGCCAGAGAUUUGGGUCUCGAUGUUGUAGGUGUUAGUUUCCACGUGGGUUCUGGUUGUGGAGAACCCGAUGCUUUUCGACGAGCUAUCGCUUCUUCUCGAACAGUCUUUGACUACGCGGCCACCUUGGGUUAUAAUUUCAAUCUACUAGACAUAGGAGGUGGUUAUCCUGGAAGACGCGAGGAUACUUUAGAGCCGAUUGCAAAGAUUAUAAACGACUCUUUGGAUAAAUAUUUUCCGGAUCCUCAUGUGAGAGUGAUUGCAGAACCUGGACGGUAUUAUGUAACAUCCGCCUAUACACUGGCUUGUAACAUUCAUUCCAUUCGUACCAUCAAAACAGAAGAUCCCAUCACAAAAGAAAUAACGUCACAUUACAUGUAUUAUAUCAACGAUGGCGUCUAUGGUAGUUUUAAUUGUAUUCUCUACGAUCAUCAAGUAGUCAUUCCUCAGCCAUUUAAGAAUUGCGACGGUCUAGAAUUACAUUCGAGUAGCAUUUGGGGCCCCACUUGCGAUGGAUUAGAUCAGGUAAUAGAAGAAUGCAUGCUUCCCGAAUUAAAAGUUGGCGAAUGGUUAAUAUUUGAAGACAUGGGGGCAUAUACAUUACCUGUGGCUAGUCCGUUUAAUGGAUUUCCAGUUCCAAAGGUUCAUAUCAUUGCCGAUGAAAAUACUUGGGAUCUCUUAAAAGGUAUCUUACCACUUAGAGAAGAUCAUUUUAUUUUCGGUCAAACUCCAGCCAAUAUAAGGGCCAGUUUGCAGAAUGACGAUAACUCGUGGAUUUUCCCGAAAUUGCCAAUUACAGUUUCCAUUUCAAAAUGCAACAGUAAUUCUAUAAUUCAGGAACACGUUCUUGAACUUGUAGAUAUCAGUUUAUUCCAAUAAAUAGAAGGUAGUAAAACAACAAAAAAAA